AUGUCAGUCUUCAGCCUCUUGCUGAUGAUCGCCACGGCGAGGGUGGCUUUGGGCUUCCUUCCAACUGCAGAGGACAGUAUCUCUCACACGGAGAUCACGGAGAGAGCGAUUCUGAGGAAGACCAUGGCAGUCUUGAGAGAACUUGCUGCAUCCACAGGGCGGGUUUUCGACAUCGACAGCAUUUCUGACAUCGACAACCCCACCUCGGAAGAGAUCUUCAGGGCUUACUACGGCAGAGAAGUGUCUCCCAUCAAGUUUGAGCAGGCCAUGCAGACCAUCGAGGAAGCCAACGUCGACGUGGAUCACUACCACCCCCUGAGCGCCAAGCACCACUUCGACUCGGAGAGCUUCGUGGAGGCCAAGAGCUACCUGCGGCGGAAAAGCUCGGGCGCCAAGGAGAACAUAAUGAAAGGGAACUAUGAGAGCGGGCGCCGCCGCCUGGGGGAGAUGCUGCACACCUUGCAGGACUUCUACAGUCACAGCAACUGGAUCGAACUGGGCUACACAGUUCCAAACCCAGACCUGAUCGGAACCGGUGAGGGCAUUGGAAACACAGCAGCUCUAAAUCAGCCAACUUGCAGCGACUGCAACACAGAGACCUGUGAGGGGAACAUACUGAACAACAUCCUGCAGAGCAAGCUGAUCACCACUGGAUAUUUCAGCCAGCUGCCGAUAAAACCAGCCGGGAAGUGUAGUCACGGAGGACCAUGGGAUAUGACACGGAAAAGUAAUGCGAAGGGGGGCAUCAACAAGGACCACUACACCUCAGAGCACCGGUACCUGCACAAACAGGCAGCCGACGUCGCUGUGUCUGCCACAGAGGAGGUGCUAGAGGACAUCAGGAACGCGGUCGGAGACAAAGCCUUCAUCAAGUUUCUGAAUAUCGAGAGCCCUGCAUCUCUGUGCUUCGUUAUCGAUACGACGGGGAGCAUGGGAGGUGAAAUCGAAAACGCCAAGCAAAGAGCUUUCUCCAUCAUCGACAGCAAGAGAGGCACCCCUGACGAGCCGUCCACAUACGUGCUGGUACCUUUCAACGACCCAGAUUUUGGACCAGUCUACAAAACAAGUGAUGCAAAUAUUUUCAAGGCAAGCAUCAGUCUGCUGACAGCCAAUGGUGGAGGAGACACACCUGAAAUGUGUCUCUCUGGGAUCCAGCUUGCUUUAAUAAACUCACCCCCUUCCUCUGAGAUCUACGUUUUUACCGAUGCUCCUGCGAAAGAUGGCUACCUGCGGAACAACAUUCUCGCGCUCAUGGAAAGCACAAAGUCUUCAGUCACUUUUUUGCUGACAAACGUUUUAUAUAGAAAGAAGAGAAGUGGCCAGCAGGGUCAGCAGGGGAGGGCAAUGGGGAUCGACACUCUCUACCAAGACCUGGCUGCCACUUCUGGAGGCCAGACCAUUGAGACCACGAAGGCUUCACUGCAGCAGAUAACUGCAGUUAUAUCAGACUCAUCGACCUCCGCACUGGUAACACUGUUUCAGGCAAAGAGCACACGGUUGAAUGUCGGAAGCACAUAUUAUUUCCACAUCGACAAGUCAGUCACCAACAUCACAGCUUACAUCUCGGGCAGCAUCCUCUCGUAUACUCUCUCAAAUCCCAGGGGAGUUGAGCAGGACAGCUCGCUGCGGGACGGUCCCCUGGGCACCAUGGAGAAUCUGGGGAGGUUUUACAUCCUGAGGCUCAGUGGUGAUGUCGGGCAAUGGCAGAUCAACAUCUCCUCCUACCAGGACUAUAGCCUCAAAGUAACAGGUCAGAGCAUCGUGAGCUUCCUCUACAGCUUUGUUGAGCCGUUUGAAGGGCCUCACCCUGGUCUGGGUCCCAUUGAAGGAAGACCACAGACUGGCCAAAACGUUACAAUGGUGCUGAGGGUGACCGGGCUGACUGUGUAUAAAACGUUUGCUGUGAAAAACGUCUCUUUCGCGGCCCCUGAUGGCUCUCUGAUCGGAGGCAGCCCCGCGAUGCCAGCGCUGUCGAGCGGGCUUUACUAUGUCUACGUGGAGCGUUUCCUGGGGCAGGAGUUUGCCCUGGUGGUGACCGGGCAGGACAACGGCUCCAGUGAGUUCCGAAGACAGUCCAACACUCGCAUAACCUCGUCGCGCAUCUCAGUGCAGGUGGAGGCGAACUCAACUUUCGAGCCCGGAAAGCAAUACACCAUCCCGUUCACCGUGGCGACCAGCGGCACGGGAGGCACGUACAGCGUCCGGGUGCGGGACGACAAGGGGUUCGUCUUGAGUGCAGCGUCCAGUAUCUAUCUGGAAGAGAACAGAACCAAGCAAGGCGAGAUGACUUUUCAGAGUCCCAACGGAACCGAGUCUGGGACCAGUGUCACGGUAACAAUAGAAGUGGAAUCGCCUGACUUGACUGACAUGAACUACGCUCUCCUGCAACUGACCAUAGCCAGAGAGGUGGUGGAUUUUGACCCGCCCAUCUGCACCCUGGUCUUCAUCAACGAAAACUGCUCCACAAACUGCGCUGGUGAGACGUGGGCACUCUGUGCCCAGGUGAGGGACAGCGGCGUGGGCGUGCAAAGAAUCUAUACCCGGCUGGGCAACGGCACGCUGAACACGAGCGUGGUGUGGGAGGGAGGAGUCAACACCACACUCGUCAACUACACCGCGUCCUGCUGCUCCAACGAGGUGAGCAUCAUCGCCGUGGACAACGCCGGGAACGUCGGGAAGUACCACUAUUCUGCCAGAGGGAUCCCGGGAGCAACUCCCUAUCCAGACACCUUUGGGAAAGGGCAGCCUGGUGCAGUGGUGGGCUCAGCUCUGCUUUGCAGCAGCUUGCUGGCUCUGCUAGCGCUGUACACAUUUUAG